CGCUCCCCGGGAGCGCUUGGCGGGGCCGCUGGGCCGAGGGGGCCGCCGGCGGGGCUGGCGGGCGGGGGCCUAGCUGCGGGCCCCUGGGGCGCCGGCGGGUGCAGCGGGCCGGGCAGGGGCGAGGGGCGCCGGGACCCGCGCUUCCCACGGGAGGAGGAGUCCAGGAUGGAGAGAGGGGCAGAGCCAUGGAGUUGGGUACUGGAGACCUCUAGUGCCAGAUCCCAUGACUUCCAUCCAGAUCCUGCCCCGGAAGCGGCUGGCACUUCCACACCCGGGAUGCGGCGCUCAGUCCUGGUCAGGAACCCAGGCCACAAAGGCCCGAGACCCACUUAUGAAGAACUAGACUCAGACUCAGAAGACGUGGACCCCAAACCCGAAGAGCUAGACCCAGUUUCUGAAGACGCGGAGCCUGACCUGGAAGAUCUCAACACUGUCUCUGAAGACGUGGACUCCAGCUGUGAAGGUCUGGAGCCCACCUCCAACGACCUGGACCCUGAUGCGGAGGCACCAAGCUCCAUCUUGGGGACCCGUGCCAUGGAUCCCCAAGAUCUUGACCCCAUGUCUUCGAGUUUUGAUCUCGAUCCAGACGUCAUUGGCCCUGUCCCCCUGGUCCUCGACCCUAACAGCGACACCCUCAGCCCCCCAGAAGCCCCAGACCUGGACCCCCUCUCUUCCAGCCUCACUGCCACCCCAGAAGGCCUGGCCACCAGCCAGGCGGUGCUCCCUGCACCUGCCAGUCCUCCCCGGCCCUUCUCCUGCCCCGAUUGCGGGCGCGCCUUCCGCCGCAGUUCAGGGCUGAGCCAGCACCGCCGCACUCACAGUGGAGAGAAGCCCUACCGCUGCCCCGACUGUGGCAAGUCGUUCAGCCACGGCGCCACGCUGGCCCAGCACCGGGGCAUCCACACCGGCGCGCGACCCUACCAGUGCGCAGCGUGCGGCAAGGCCUUUGGCUGGCGCUCCACGCUGCUGAAGCACCGCAGCAGCCACAGUGGCGAGAAGCCCCACCACUGCCCAGUGUGUGGCAAGGCCUUCGGGCACGGCUCACUGCUGGCGCAGCACCUGCGCACGCAUGGUGGCCCGCGGCCGCACAAGUGCCCGGUCUGUGCCAAGGGCUUCGGGCAGGGCUCGGCGCUGCUGAAACACCUACGUACGCACACAGGCGAGCGGCCCUACCCGUGCCCGCAGUGCGGCAAGGCCUUCGGCCAGAGCUCGGCGCUGCUGCAGCACCAGCGCACGCACACGGCCGAGCGCCCCUACCGCUGUCCCCACUGCGGCAAGGCCUUUGGCCAGAGCUCCAACUUGCAGCAUCACCUGCGCAUCCACACUGGCGAGCGGCCCUACGCCUGUCCCCACUGCUCCAAGGCCUUCGGGCAGAGCUCGGCGCUGCUGCAGCACCUGCACGUGCAUUCCGGAGAGCGCCCCUACCGCUGCCAGCUCUGCGGCAAGGCCUUCGGCCAAGCCUCCAGCCUCACCAAGCACAAACGGGUGCAUGAGGGCGCAGCCGCGGCAGCUGCGGCAGCUACAGCCGCUGCGGCCAGUCUGCGCCUUAGUCCUGCUUCGAUGUUGCGGCCUGGACAGGUCUCCCUCCUGGGUCCUGACACUGUCUCUGUACUUGGCUCUGGCCUAGGCCCUGACCCUGGCUCUGUGCUGGGCUCCCUCCCCAAUCCCAGCCCCAAACCCGGCCCUGGCUCUGGAUCUACCCCCAGCCCUGACCCUGUCAAGUAUUCUGACCCUAAGCCUGGUCACAAUGCCAAUCCUGACCUUGUGGCAAGCCCUGACCACGGAUCUGGUCGCAGCUCAGACCUAGAUCCUAUGCCCAGCCCCAGCCCCAACCCCGAUUCCCACCCUGACCCCAGCUCCCCGACCCGUGAGAGUUCAGCCCUCCCUACCUGUGAGAGUCCUGAGUGGGUGAAGGAACGAGGGGCACUGCUGGGGCCGGAUGGCUGAAGGGGACACUGGUACCCACCGAGGCCUGGGGAAGUUGUGUGUCAUGCAGUUAGUAAAAUCCUCCC